UCAGCUGCUGGGACAACUGGACAGUUUGGUUAUACAACACGAGAGGGAAUCAGAGAAACAGAGCUGAGCUGCUGCAUCACAUGCCAUAGACUGAAUAUUAAGAUGGUCCGAGCAACAGCUGCCUGGGAGUGAGGCUCCCUUUGCUGACUGGCUGGAGUACAGGCGUGUUUCUGUUCUUCAGUCACUGUGGGGUGAAAAACUAAAUCAUGGGAGCCAACAACCCAGCCUCACCACCUCCCGCCCAGCCCAGGGGUCUCUUCAACAGCAUCAAGUUCUUCGUCCUGUGCCACAGUCUGCUGCAGCUGUCUCAGCUGUUAGUGUCGGGCUAUAUGAAGAGCUCCAUCUCCACCAUAGAGAGACGCUACGGCCUCUCCAGCCAGAAGUCUGGACUGCUGGCUGCUUUCAACGAGGUGGGGAACACGGUGCUCAUCGUGUUCGUGAGUUUCUUUGGGAGUCGAGUCCACCGGCCGAGGUUCAUCGGGGGCGGAGCUCUGCUGGCCUGCAUGGCCUCUCUGCUGAUUGCAAUGCCGCACUUCCUGGGUGGACAGUACGAGUACACAAAACACAUCAGCUCCUCUGGUGAUAACAGCUCUGGACUCUGUCAAUCAGAGAACACAUUCCUCACCUCAUCCUCCAAUCAGAGCUGCAGCAAGGAGGAGAGCCCCGCCCAGCAGGUGGUGUAUCCUCUACUACUGCUGGGUCAGCUGCUGCUGGGGAUCGCAGCCGUCCCCAUCCAGCCGUUUGGAAUCUCCUACAUCGACGAUUACGCCAGCAAGAAGAACUCCCCGCUCUACCUCGGCAUCCUCCUGGCUGUGACCUCCAUUGGCCCGGCCGUCGGCUUCAUCACCGGCUCCUUUAUGCUGCGUUUUUAUGUCGACUUUGACAAGUUAUCCAAAGAUCAGAUUGAAUUGAACCAUAAGGACCUGCGCUGGGUGGGGGCCUGGUGGCUCGGCUUCCUCGUAGCGGCAUGCCUCCUCUUCCUCACCGCGAUGCCUUACCUCUUCUUCCCCAGGAUCAUGCCCAAAGAGGACGAAGCAGACGAUGACGAGUCCAUACCGGACAGCAAGCAGCCGCAGACAAACCCGCUCCAGGAACUCUCUAUCCUUCAGUUCCUUAAAAGUUUUCCUCGUAUCGCUCUGCGAACCCUGCGGAGCCCUAUCUACCUGCUGGUGGUUCUGGCGCAGGUCAACCUGGCAGCGCUGCUGGCAGGUCUAGCCACCUUUAUGGCCAAGUUCAUAGAGAGACAGUUCAGCCAGACUGUCUCUUUUUCCACCAUGAUGAUAGGAGGAGUUUGUAUCCCUCUGGCCGUGUUGGGCACCGUCCUAGGUGGAGUUCUGAUGCGGAGGUUGAAUCUGUCCAUCAACAGUGCCAGUAAGCUGUGCACCGCUGCCAUCCUGCUCGGUCUGUUCUGUUCAAUGCCGCUGUUGUUCAUUGGCUGCCCAACACAGAAGGUCGCCGGAGUGUUUCCUACAAGAAGUGAUGCAUUGUCGUGCAGCGCUGGUUGUCGUUGUCCUCAGGAGGCCUUUAAUCCAGUCUGUGGUUCAGACGGAGUGGAGUUCAGAUCUCCCUGCCAUGCCGGCUGUAUGGCUAUGGAGAUGGAUACAUUGAACAAGGCCGUUAAUUACACCGGUUGUCGGUGUGUCGGCGGUCUCGGCUACGCCUCCCCGGGUACCUGCGGCAGUGGAUGCUCCCACCUCCUCCUUCCCUUCAUGGUUCUGAUUGGCCUCACUGCCUUCGUCGCCUCCUUCUCUCAGACGCCCUCCUACAUGAUGAUCCUUAGGACAGUGCCAGCUGAGGACAAGUCUUUCGCAGUGGGAGUUCAGUACAUGUUGUUCAGAGUACUUGCGUUCAUGCCUGGACCAGUGUUGUAUGGUAGUGUCAUCGACACCACCUGCCUCCUGUGGGGCAAAAAGUGUGGCAAACAGACUUCCUGUCUCUACUUCAACUUGGACAUCUUCAGACAGAGGUUUCUGGGUCUGCAGCUGGUCUUUGUGUGUGGGGGGCUGCUCUGCUUCCUGCUGACAGUGGUGGUCCUGCGCAGGAGACGCGGGGUUCAGGAGCCACAGGCAGGCUGUAAGGGAGGCUACGAACUGGUGAAUGGGCAGAAAGCACCAGAAAACUAUACGUCUAAAGAAACAGAACUCAUGGGAAUCAAAACCUGAAGCGAGUGAGACAGAGAUUGCCAGCUCUGACCUGCACUAGUACUGCACUCUUGUUCAGCCCCACCAUGCCCCCCCACCAGCAUUCACCUGUAGGCUCUGACUGGAGGGUUUAAGAUAUCAUCUCAUCACUCCUCAAAUUUCUGCAUGCAGUGUUGAGGUUGGAGCCUAGAAGCCAAACUAACACAAACUAUGUUCUGCCGCUGCAAUGAUCAUUUAAACUCUACUCAUUAUAUUUGCCAUGUGUAAAUAUGCCAACCCUGAUUCACUCCGCUCUGGAUGAUUACUGCGUCUCCCCCUGGUGUCUCCUCCUGUCUCCUCCUGGUGUCUCCUCCUGGUGUCUCCUCCUGGUGUCUCCUCCUGGUGUCUCCUCCUGGUAAUUCAACACUAGUUCUGGUUCGUAAUUUGUAUUACUAGUCAUGUACAAAGUCUGUUAGUAUUACAGCCUCUAAACUGGGACACAGCAUGAGUUCAUAGCUAACGCUGCUGCUGCCUUUAUCAUGGUGCAUUGUCAUGAAUUCAGUCUAACUUGGAUAUGAAACAUGAAUCUUUGUAUUUUUAGAAUUAAAAAAUCACAUUCAUUUACUCUUAAUGGCCAUAAGCCAUUAUGUCAUAUUAUGUCUAUAUUUAGCUAAUUAAAGUUGUACAGAUAACCUUGUCCUGCUGCAGUAAAUGUAGUUUAUAUAUUCAGAAACUACAAGAUAUAACAAAUCUUGAAUGAACAGUUUAAACCCUAUAACAACAAAAAAGUUACAUUUAAGAAGAAGAGCUAUCAUUUGCAGUGGACUCUGGAAAAAAUAAUUUACACAGUCUUGUACAUUUGCCUUUUUCUCAGUUUUCCAAUAGUUUUUUACACCAGAUCAAAUGCUAGUCACAAGUAUUGAGGUAGCUGAUUGACUUGGUUCCAGCCUUCAAUUAGGAUAUUGUGAAAUGUCAAAGGAGGAUUGAAUGGGAAAAUUAACUUCCGGAGCCAGAGUUGCCGAAAAAGUGGACGGUUAAUGUUGAGCUUUAUUUGACUCUAAACAGGAUCAUAAUUUACUAAAUGAACAUCAUGCUAUAUUUGGGAAGAUUUGGAUAUUAGGGUAUUAGGAUAUUAGGAAAAGGCGUCAUUUUAUCAUAGACUUACGAUCAGACUGUUUUUGUUUUGUUGUUUUACAACCAGUGGAGACGCCCCCUGCUGGACAAUAGAAAGAAGGAUGGUUUACUAACAGUUGGAUCAAUGUAGGAUGGAUUCAAAAGUCAAAAUGUAUAUCUAAAAUGUUGUGCUUUAUUAUGUUUUUCAUGAAACAAUAUAAAUCCCCAAAAAAACCCAUGAUGAGCAGUGAACACACUUUUUUGUAUCAUUGUUUUAAAGUUUUGUAAUACUGUUCAUUAUUAACACUGUGAACUUCCAAUCAAGUAUUUUUCUAUGCAAUACAUGUAUAAGCUGUUUUUUAAGAUUAAUUUUAAAUAACUUCUCAAAAAAUAUUUUCUCUAAGCUUCCUAAAUUUCAUUAAAAAAAUAUUUUUCCUGUUGUGUCAUUGUUUUUUCAUGUAAAAUGUUGUGUACAUACUUGAUGAAUUGUCUAUUUUGUGAAAUGUUUUUUUAAAACUUUUUUAUUUUUUUACUUAAUGAAAUUAGAGUCCUGAAUAUUAUUUUAGUGCUGUGUAAAAUUUACUUUUAUUAAAGGAACCUGAACAAAAGUCUUUGAGCAGCAAAAAAGCCAACUGGUUUACUAGGAUAAUGCUUUUGAAUCUUUUUGCGUUUGCUUUAUUACCUGCACUUCAGUCUGAUGUGGUUCAGGUUCUUUGUUCCACAUUCUGAGGUAAAAGUCAGAAUUCAUGUGAUUUCUACCUUUUCAUUACAGAUUAUAAAAUUGAGCCAGAAAACAUCAUUGUGUGAAUUUUAAUAAAUCUCUGAGCACAAAUUA